GGACCAAUCGCCUUGAUCUGCCGCUGAAGCCCCACGACCCGGCUGCCUCGACACCAGCCCGGCCACCAUAGCAUCCGCUGCUCUCUCUCCGUCACCAUCUGUAUCUGCCGACGUCGCCAGCGAUGAGCCACCAGUCGAGGACUGCCCGAAGCCGUGGCCAAAACCAAGUCCAGAGCCAGAGCCGCAGCCAGAGCCUGAGCCAAGUCGCAGGCCAGUCUUACAGCCAGAGCCAAAGCCAAAGCCAAAGCCAGAACCGCUAUGAUCUUCUAUCGGAAGCCCCGCUCCCCUCGGAGGAGGACACCGAUGUCGGCUCGAUGGCCUCGAACAAGCUCUCGAGCGUCAGCUCCAGCAUGCGCUCCCAGCUGGCCUCCACCACCCAAAGUCCUCCCAACCAUGCUCACGGCGGCCCGCGGAUAGGCUUUCCGGGAGGCGACCACUUUGCGCAUUCCGAGCACCACUCGCACGAGUCGCUGCGAUAUCAUCUCGGCAGCUCUCUGACGGCCCUUGCCGCCAACUCUGAAAAGAACCAUGUUGUCGUCGUCGGGAAAAACGUCAUCAAGAUCCUCGGCGUUGCUGGCUCGUCCAUCACGGAAUAUAUGAAUCUGCGAGUUGGAUUCCAGUCGAGUCAAACCUUCCAAUGCAGCGAUGUCCAGUGGGGACGAGGAGAACUGUCCAGCACCAUCGUCGCUGCCACAAUGAGCAACUCGAUUCUCGCCUGGGAUAUUCAGCGGACAAGCCCGAUCAAGUUUGACAGAUCCAUCGCCGACUUUGAUCAAGUUGUCAACCGCCUCUCGUUUCAUCCAACUCAGAAUCGCCUCCUCUUGUGCGGGUCGCAAGACGGCAUCAUUCGGCUCCUCGAUCUGCGCGAACGGUCAUCCCAUGCCACAGCAUUUGAGGGACGUGCCGAAGGAGUUCGGGAUGUGCAGUUUUCCCCUGUCAACGGCCACGAAUUUGCGGCUGCGUUCGAGAGUGGCAUAAUUCAGAAAUGGGAUCUGCGCCAUCAAUCCGCGUGGGUGAAGAAAUGGGCUGCCCACAAUGCAGUUACGCUCUCACUCGACUGGCAUCAUAGCGGCAAGUACCUCGCCAGUGGCGGUCGCGACAAAAUCAUCAAGGUCUGGGAUGCCACCGGUGACGCUCGCAAGCCCGUUGCCAGUAUCCAGGCCACCAUGCCUGUAUCCCGGGUUCAGUGGCGACCAGGCUACGAUUGGCAGCUGGCUUCGUGCUAUCUCAACACGGACAACCGCAUCAAUAUCUGGGAUCUCGGCCGGCCAUUCAUCCCGUAUUGCAGCAUCGAGAAGCCCGACAAUACGACAACCGGGCUCCUGUGGGCGAACGAAGACACAAUGUGGACGUGCUCGAAGGAGCAGUACUUUUUCAGAUUCAACAUUGACAAAUGCAGCGCGCGCCCCUUUGACCAGAUGAGCCGAGUCGGGAUUGCAUGGAGCCCUGACAACACCUUGGCGUUCGCAGCCGACCAGCAUGAGGCCCAUGAGCAGAGUAUCGCCUAUUACCGCCACAAACCGAGUGCGCCGACCAUCCAGCCGCAGCGCCCAGGGUCCGAUGUCGAUCCCCCGCAAAUCCAGGUCUACCACCCCCAGCAGCUCUCCGGAUACAUAGAGCGCUUCGGCUUCGAUUUCGGAAACUUUUCUCUCUUUGCGGAAAGCUACAGACUGGACUCGGAUCCCGAUAAGCUCUACGAAACCUGCGGGCAGAAUGCAAUGAUUUCUGCAAAGGUGGGCCAGCGGACCGCGUGCCAGACCUGGCGAAUGCUGCAGCUCCUCAUUGCAGACCAUGCGGCCGGUGAGGCCUCUCGCUCGAGAGGACGCAACCUCACUGCCCUUCUUGGAGCGGUCCACGAUAUCGAUGAGAGCGACGAGCCCCACAACCCUCUCGGGGACCCGAUGCAGCAGGACCCAUUCUACACCCACGAGGACUCGAGUGUAGCAUGGCUCCCCCUUCCUCAAGACAAAUUGUCGCGCCACAUCGGCAACACCGAUUCGGAGGAGAAUAGCGAAGAGGAGCCGUACGAGCCGCGAGAACGCCACGAACACGAUCAGGACGACGGUGGCGACGAAUACGACGCAGGCCCGUUGCCAUCCGACCCCGAGUCCGGCUCGCCGCUCGGCAAUGCAGACUAUCCUAAAGACGCCUCUAGGCAGAGAAGAAAGGCUGGCAGCCCACGCCACGACGGCAGCAAGCAUCGUGUCCAUGAGCGCGACAGCGAUAAUGACGACGACGACGGCGGAUAUGAAGAAGAUCGCGACGAAAGUGACGAAGGCGAAGGGGCUGAAAACGACAGCCUCUACGAUGGAAAGCGGAUCCCGAUACCUCGCUCCGACCUCGCGGCCGGCAUUGCUGAGUCUUCGACCCCAAACACCACCCGCCUGGCCUUUGGCGACCACUUCGACGUCGGCACUUUGCCUAGCAGCCUCCGGGCCACGCCGCUGCAUUCCCGUCCAACCUCGGCGUCCAAGGCACGGACAAAGCAUUCACGGAGCAGGGAUCGUCCACGCAGCGCUGGACGGGGGAGGCGAACGCCAUCUCCCGUGACCGACGAGCCCCUGCUCCGACGAUCUGGGACGGCCAAAAGCAGUUCGAAGCCGGCGAUACCCGAGUUUAUCAUUCCCGAGUGGGACUGGAAGGACUAUUUGGAAGGCGUGCUGACGUACUAUUCGAAUCUGGGAAACGUCCAAAUGUGUGUCGCACUCUCGUUUGUGAUGGAACAAGUUGUCGAAAUCGACCAGGAGAGACUCAAGCGAUGGGUGUGGGCGUAUAUCGGUAAUGCCAGUGCCCUACCAUCGCAACAGUAAUAUCUGGGCCCUCGACUGCGAUAGCCGUACGGGUGGCUUAUUUUGACGGUAUUUCUUCCAGAUUUGCUCUGUCGUUUUAGAAUGUGGACACUGGCAACAGAAAUCAUC